CCUGGCGCGCGCGACUUGGAAGAAGAACCUUUUCCUUGCAAGAAUGCCCAACCCUCCUCCUCCUUGUCAGCCAGCUACUUAUUGGCCCAGGCAGGCAGGAGUCGCUCUGGGGAAGGAACGCCACAGACUCCGGGAAAUUGCCGUUGCAUUUGCAGCAGGUUAGACAUGUCGUCGUCGUCGUCGUCAAUGCUACGCCUUCCUCCAUGCCGUCCCGCAGUCCAUCCAGUGUGUAGGGGUGCUGGAUCAUCAGGAGGGAGCAGUAGCACGCACCCACUCCGAUCAAGCUCAAGAUCAAGGCCGUCGUCGCUCACCGCUGCGUGCGCUCUCAAGACGCCCUCGAAUGGCGGAUCGAGGGGGAAGGUCAACCCCAGGGACCUCUUCACCUUCUCCCACAAGUUCAGCACCGACAUCCCGAUGAGCGAAACGCAAGGGGCGUCCAUCGAUGAGUACCUGCGGAACAGUCCCAGGAUCGUCGGAGCGGUGUUUCCGGACCAGCGCAAGAGAAGGAAGAUCAACGACGAAGAAUGGAGCGUGCAGCUCCUGCCCAUCCGGUUCCUGUUCCUGUCGGCGUCGCCGGUCAUCGUCAUGCGCUUCGUCAGCAAGUCCGGCGGGAAGGAGUACCCGCCCAACGUCCCCGUCCACGCCACCAGCCUCCUCCUCAUGGAAGUGACAGACUACAAGCUGAAUGGUCUGGACAGCAACGCCAUGCCGUCGCACCUGGCCCUCACCGUCCGAGGCCUCAUGUACCCGCAGCGGCAGCGGGAGGGGAGGAAGAGCCUCAAGGGCCACGUCGAGAUGACCGUCGGCUUCGACCUCCCGCCGGUGCUCGCCUUGGUCCCGGCGAGCAUCAUCAGAGGCGUCGGCGAGACGGUGCUGAGGCAGAUGGCGGAGCAGAUGAAGCAGGACAUGGACACAGGACUUGCAGCAGAUUUCAACAAGUACAGGAGGGAGAAGCUAACAGAGAGGCGCUCAUCGCCCUGAAUUCUGAGACACAUUUCACAAUCACAUCCCGGCCUGUAUCGAUGUAUCAUCAACAAGUAGCCAUGACUAGGAAUUUCUUCAGACUCGCCUUGUCGUCAAGCAGGGUCGUCAACCUCUUGCACUAUUUAUUCAUUCAUAAGUUGGAUGACAUCAAAUAAUGAUAUUAACUUGAUGUAUUCGCAUCUUAUUCAUUGUAAAAACGUUGCUCAUAAUUAAAGAGCAUCCAUCCAAUCUCAAAGAGAUUUCUGGAGCAAUUAUGUCUGUAUGUACUGUUCAUUCACCAGUUGGAAGACAUCAAUCAAAUAAUGACAAUAACUUGAUGUAUCGCAUUUUAUUCA